CUCCGGGCAACGCAUCGUGUAUAGUUUAUUAGUUUCUGGCAUCGUCGAUUUCCAAGUGCGGGUUUCUUUAAAGCGAGCUGAGCUCGCUGUUGUUUCGAGUUCUUGGCUGAUUUUGUUGCAUACAUACUUUUGAGGUACCACACUAAAUAACACAUACCUUACUUUCUUGGCUGUUUGAUUUAAUAUAUUAAUCUUUCACACUCCUACUACAAUUUUGUCCCUCUUUGCUACAAGCAUCAUGACCUUCAUAAAAGCCCGACCCCGACUUACAGCCAUACUUUCCGUGGCAGCCUUUGGCAGCGUGGCCAUCUAUUUCACCAGGCGACACUUCGACCGAUCAUGUCCCAGAAUCCCCAUCACCGAUCUUCCCCAAUCAAGCGCAUGUCGCUAUCUCCUAGAGAGGGCGGGGGAAAGCCCCACCCAGAAGCCAUGGGGAAUGGAAACAUCAACACUACUAGCCUCAUGGUCAGGGGGCGACAAAACACACUGGGUUCCUUCUUUCACAGCACACCAAGUUGAAGUACCACUAUCACUACUCGCGGGAUACGGGGCAUCGAGCAAUCAGGACAAUGUUGCGAAGCACGACGCACACCAUCUGAUGCAGAACUUCGUUGCCGCAUUUCUAGACGCGCGAGCAACGGGUCCAGAAGCAACGUUUUUGGAUAAAUCGCGACCCUCAUUGUCAUUCAUGCCUGCUAGUAUGUUAUUCGGAGAUAGAGCUUUCCCUGGAGCCUUCAUGCUCGGGACCUGGAGUUCAACAACCGGAGCUUCUAUACAGCCUCUGGAUCUGCCUUCAGAUGCCAUUAAACCGGUUUCUGAGUUCUUUUCGAACAGAGAUGUCAUUCAGGGAAGUGAGGUGGAUACGGCAGGCGCCGUCAUGUACUGGAAAUUCCCAGACGGGCUGGUCAAAUCAGUUGAUCAGGCAGCUUCAUACGGAUGUCCGUGGCGGUUGAUGGAGGGCGGAUUUCAGGAAUUCAUUGUUGAAAGGGUGUCGGAUGAAAAGGCGAGAUUGACAUAUGUGACCAUCGAAUGCAGCAAUAUACACCCUGAAGGUCAGGCUACGAGGGACUUCAAAAGACUACCAUGGGUGCUAUAUGAGGCACACGUGCUUUAUGCGCAAAGCCUUUUGGCUAAAGCUAUAAGUCAACUCGGGAAGCCCACUUGUGUUGAAUGAUCGGAUGGGCAUAACUUGACUUAUAAUAUAGAUUUUAAUAUUAAUUAAAGUCUCCACUCAAUUUUGACUCGUGAUAAAUGAACUUGGCGCCAAUUCGACCAAGCUCUACUGUGAGAUUGGGUCC